AUGUACGACGUCGUGCUGUACGGAGCAACGGGCUUUACCGGCGGCUUUGCCGCGCAGUACCUUGCCGAGCAUCCCCAAAAGCCGCGCAUUGCGUUUGCCGGCCGCAACCUCGCCAAGGUGCGCGCGGUGCGCGACGGCCUCGUGCAUGUGUCGAAAGAGCGCAUCGAGUCCAUCGACCUCCUCGAGGCGUCGGCGGACGACAAGGAGAGCCUCCAGCGCAUGGCGCGCUCGGCCAAGGCGGUGAUCAAUGCUGUAGGGCCGUACUCGCUGCUCGGCGGCUUUGACGUCGCCCAGGCCGUAGCCGAGGCCGGCGGGGGGUACGUCGACCUCACGGGCGAGUCCAACGUCUUUGAGCGCUAUGUCAAGGAGCUCACGCCGGUCGCACAGCAGACCAAGGCGGUGCUCGUGCCGUCGUCCGGCUUUGACUGCCUUCCGUUUGACCUGACCACGUACUUUGCCGUGCAAGAGGUGAAGAAGAAGCUGGGGGCAGAUGCAGACAUCGACCGCGUAGUGUGUGGCUACGACAUUGGCGGCUCAGUGUCGGGGGGCACGCUCGCGAGCAUGGUCAACAAGGACCCCGAGGCGCUCAAGUUUACGCGCCCAUACUGGCUGAGCCCGGUGCAGGGCACCAUGACGGCCAAGAUCAUCAACGCGCUUCCUCUGCCCCAGUUUGCCAAAAAGUCGGGUGCAUUCACCUUCCUCACCGCGCACAACCUGCGAGUGGUGAACCGCUCGUGGGGCCUCUUGCAGGACGCCCAGUCGCCGCACCGCUACGGGCGGACGUUCCAGUACUUUGAAGGCGUCACGCGCCCGUCGAAGCUCGCGGCGUGCAUCGCCUCGAGUGUCGUGCGCCUCAUCGUCUGGCUCCUGCUGCAUGUGUCACUAUUCGGCAAGCUACUUAUGCGCUCCGUUCCGCAGGGCACCGGCGCGCCGAUGGAGAAACAGCUCCAGGGCUUCCUCAACAUGCGCACGGUCGCCUACGGCAGCGACGGCCGCACCCAGGGCCUCGCCGUGAUGAAGGUCAAGGGCGACCCCGGCUACCUCAAGACGGGCGCGUUCAUCUCGGAGGUCGCACUGGCCAUCGCCCUGGACCGCGAGCGCCUCUCGCCCCUCGGACAAAAGGGCGGGGUCUUAACCCCGGCGACGGUCGGCGCUGACGUGGUCGUCGAGCGCCUCGCCCAAUACGGCGGCGGAAUUUCGCUUCAGGCGGCCGACGCGACGCAUGGGGACUUGACCCAGCUUCUGGCGUAG